AUGCGAAAGAAACAAUUAAAGAUUUUCGAAGACUUGACUAUAUUCGAACAACGAAUCUUAUGUCAUACAUUGUCGAAAACAUUCGAUGAUAUUCCAAUAGUUGUAUAUCAAAAUUUAUUUGAAAAUGAUGCUAAUAAACUUAUGCAUGAAUUGAAACGUCAAAAACUUAAUGAUCAGCUGAAAAAUUAUGAAUUGGAAUUUCAACAUUAUGAAGAUUUGUAUCAAACAAAAAUCAAUAUAUAUUUGAAUUCGAUGUUUAUCCACAAGUGCCCACAAGUCAUUGUCGAUGUUCCUCAAGUAUCAUUGAAUCGAAAUCAAUUAGAUUAUCUUUCCCAAAGUGGUAAAUAG